AUGCAUUUACCGACACCGCUUCUUCUCCUCAUAGUCGCGGCGCUCGGGGUCAGGGCGCAGGUCACAACGUCGUUGUCUCAAACUACAAGCGGCUCGCUUUCUGGCGGUCCUACGCCUACGACCACUGGCGCAAAUAGGAUUACAUACGGGCAUCUCCCUUCAUGCGCAUCUGAAUGUGUCGCCUCGGCAGUUCAAUCGGUCCCUUGUGUGCCGUUCGUCGCGUCAUGUUUAUGCGCGCUUCCAACAGGUAGAAUUUCAUAUCGGUUACCAGUUGAAUGCGUUAGGGAGAAUUGCGGACAAAAUGAUAUUGAUGCAGAAGAAAAGUGGCGGGAAACUGUUUGUUUCGGGGUAACCUCGACGAGCAGCCUUGGUUUAGCGAGCUUGGUAACCUCCACUGCGUCAGUACCAGCAGCGGGAGCUACAGCGACAGAACUUUGUGAAAGUGGCUGGAAAGCUUGCCCGAAGGCUUUAAAUGGCGGUUGCUGUCCAAACGACAACAUUUGCAACCUUCUUGAUUGCCAGCCAUCACCAGUGGCACCGUUGGCUAAUGUCACGAAAAUCAGUUCACCGACUGAAGUUCCAGUGGUUGAUAUCACUACCGUUUUCCCACCUUGUUCGCACCAAUGUAUUGCCAAAUAUCUCCCCACCACACCAUGCGGCCUCUCACCUCUAAACUCAACCUGCUUUUGUGAACUCCAUGAUAUUUUCCCAUGCAUUUCCACUUGCGGGGACGAAGAGAUUCAAAAGUUUGUCAACACACAUCUAGAGAUAUGUACACCGUUAUGGUAUUUCAAGCCCUAUGAUCCGAACUUCGAAAGAUGGUGCGAUUUAGUAGAUGGCUCUGGGAAACGAGGAAGACCCGCUGGAUAUGAUGAGAGAAUGGGCAAUCUAGAGUAUAAAUGCCCAAACUGGUGGGAACAAAGGAGCGCUGGGAAAAGGUUCGGUAUUGUACUCGGAAUUUUCAUACUGAGUUUGGUGUUUGUGUACGGAUGUGGUGGAUACUGGAACUAUGUUGGAAGGAAAGUAACUAGGAUCGAUAAGAAGAAGGAAGCAGAGAGACGAAAGAUUAUGGGGCUUUAA